GGCAGAAGUUACCAUUCUGUGGAAGCUUCUCUGAGAAGGGAGCAGGUGCAAUGGGCGUCUGGCUGCGACUGGCCUUUUUACUGUUGCUGCUGCUGGGCCUGGGACAGUCCGCAUGGCCUGCUGCGGUGGCCCUGGCACUGCGCUGGCUCCUGGGGGACUCUAUCUUCUGUGUGCUGCUCGGCCUGGCCAUGCUGGCGCGGCCCUGGCUCUACCCCUGGAUGCCCAACUGGCUGAGUCUGGUGGCCGCGGCACUCAUGCUGGCUGUGUUACCCGCACGGCCACCCCCAGGGCUGCGCUGGCUGCCUGCAGACUUGGCCUACGUCUUCGGGAUCCUCCACCUGGGGCUAAACAUCAAGGCGCGCAUGAGCCGCCGGCCGCCCAACACCUUUGUGGAUACCUUUGAGCGGCGAGCACAAGCACAACCGGACCGGGCGCCCUUGGUGUGGAAGGGUCCGGGGGGCCGCUCGGUCACCUUCAGGGAGCUGGACGAGAGAGCAUGCCAGGCAGUGUGGGCCCUGAAGGCCGAGCUGGGCAGCCUCACAGGCUUGCUUGCUGGGGAGCCUGCCGCCCUCCUAGUGCUGCCCUCCCAGACCAUUCUGGCCCUAGGUUUGUGGCUGGGGCUGGCCAAGUUGGGCUGCCCCGUCGCCUGGAUUAAUCCGCAUGCCCGGGGGGCACCCCUGCUACACUCCGUACUGAGCUCUGGGGCUCGGCUGCUGGUGGUGGACCCAGACCUCCAGGAGAAUCUGGAAGAGGUCCUUCCCAAGCUACAGGCAGAGAACAUCCGAUGCUUCUACCUCAGCCACUCCUCCCCAACCCCAGGAGUGGGGGCUCUGGGGGCUGCUCUUGACGUUGCACCCACCGACCCUGUGCCCGCUGACCUACGUGCUCGGAUCACAUCAAAAAGCCCUGCCCUGUUUAUCUACACCUCAGGGACCACUGGACUCCCAAAGCCAGCCAUUGUCACACAGGAACGGCUGCUACAGAUAUGCAAGAUGCUGUCCCUGGGUGGGGUCACAGCUGAUGACGUGGUCUACACAGUCUUGCCUCUGUACCAUGUGAUGGGGCUUAUCCUUGGAAUUCUUGGCUGCCUGGAGCUUGGAGCAACCUGUGUCCUGGCCCCCAAGUUCUCUGCUUCCUGCUUCUGGGAUGACUGUCGGCAGCAUGGUGUGACUGUGAUCCUGUAUGUAGGCGAGGUCCUGCGGUACCUGUGUAACACUCCACAGCGACCAGAGGACCGGACACAUACAAUCCGCUUGGCAAUGGGCAAUGGACUCCGAGCAGAUGUGUGGGAGUCCUUUCAGCAGCGCUUUGGCCCCAUUCGGAUCUUGGAAACCUAUGGCUCCACGGAAGGCAACAUUGGCUUCGUCAACUAUCCAGGGCGCUGUGGGGCCCUGGGCAAGAUGAGCUGCUUGCUUCGAAUGCUGUCCCCCUUUGAGCUUGUACAAUUUGACACGGAGGCUGAGGAGCCUGUCAGAGACAGUCAGGGAUUCUGCAUCCCUGUGGGACUAGGGGAGGCGGGGCUCCUGUUAACCCAGAUAGUGGGCCACCACCCUUUCCUGGGCUACCGCGGGGCACGAGAGCUGUCGGAACGGAAGUUGGUGCGGAAUGUGCGGCGCAGGGGCGACGUUUACUUCAACACCGGAGACGUGCUGGCCAUGGACCGAGAAGGCUUCCUUUACUUUCGGGACCGCCUGGGGGACACCUUCCGAUGGAAAGGUGAGAACGUAUCUACGCGGGAGGUGGAGAGCGUUUUAUCCCUUGUGGACUUCUUGCAGGAGGUGAACGUCUACGGCGUCUCUGUACCAGGUUGUGAGGGCAAGGUGGGGAUGGCUGCUGUGCGGCUGGCCCCAGGCCAGACCUUCGAUGGUCAGAGGAUGUACCAACAUGUCCGCACUUGGCUCCCUGCCUAUGCUGCACCCCAUUUCAUCCGUAUCCAGGACGCCCUGGAGAUCACAAGCACGUUCAAACUGGUGAAGUCCCGGUUGGUGCGUGAGGGCUUCAAUGUAGGCGUCAUUGCUGACCCCUUGUUCGUGUUGGACAACCAGGCUAAGACCUUCCAGCCCCUGACACCGGAAACGUACCAGGCCGUGUGCAAUGGAACCUGGAGACUCUGACCAUCUGGCCUGUCCACAUCUGAAGUGGCAGUGCCCAAUGCGGACUACCACUCAUAUUGGCAGGAUCCUCUCCACCACCAAUCUGCUGAGGGUUAUCAUGAAUCGCAGCCUGGCCAUAACCCCAGUUGAAGAGAGUAAGGUAACUGUGGGCCCAGUAGUGGAGUGAGAAUAAACUUGGAUGUGUACACACAUGUCUGCGUGUGUAGGGCUAAGGGCAGGCAGCCCUAAGAUGGGCCAUUUUGGCAUAAAGAUGAUUUUAUGAUAAAAGCAAUAAAAACCCAGCAGAUUCAGGAGUUCUUUAUCUCUCCCACAACUGUCUAAAAGGAUUUGAUAGAGGAUCUGCUCUAAGAGAGCUAUCACCACAGAUAACUACAUUAUGACAGAGAGGAACCAAGGAAGGCCUUUUUAAUCGAAUUCUUGUGUCCUGUUUCUGAAUGCCCACCCCCCAAAUAUUUACUUUUUCAUCUUCCUUUUAAAAAUUUUUUGAGAGAGAGAGAGAGAGCAGGGGAGAGGGGCAGGAGAAUCUCAAGCAGGCUCCACUCUCAGUGCAGAGCCCAAUGCAGCACUUGAUCAAGAACCCUGGAAUUGUGACCUGAGCCAAAAUCAAGAGUCAGAUGCUCAACCGACUAAGCCACCCAGGCGUCCCUUUCAUUUUCCUUUAAAUUGCAUUUCUUCCUAUUGCAGUCAUGGACCCCUACACCUUUCUCUGUUUAGUAUGAUAUAUGCCUCCUUUUGCCUGUCUUUGGAAUUUUAUGGCUGUGUGCACACUUUAUAUAUACCAAAUUAGAUCUUCUCCUGUUAACAUAUCUCUUGUCAAUUUGAUUCUUAGACAAGCCAGAGAGACCUUGAAGUGCAGAGGAAAUUCUUCCUCCCCAACAGUGGAUGGAGAUACAAGCGAGGAAUUCAGGGCCUAUUGUCCUCCAGAGACCUUACUUCAGGGUUCCCCCUGCUUCCCUACCAAGGAUCUUGACAAGCCUCAAGGAAUGGCCCUGUCUGGGCAAGGCCAGAAGUGUGAUAGGAUUCAGCAGCCUUGAAGCCAUUCCAGGGUUGAGAGAUGAGGCUAGCCUCAGGCAAAACAGAUAAGUAUAUGGUCUGUAGGAUGUAAGAUGUGCUAUCAUGGCAGUAUGACAAGGACAUCAGGCUAAGCCAAGAAAUGUGGGCAAAUAACUGGAAAAAGAGCAUCCGUGGAAGAAUGCACCUGCAAAAAGGACGUGGAACAGGUCCAGAGCCCUCUGGUAAACGAAAUCCAGUGUCUUCGGGGCCAGAAGAGCUCUCUGGGCACUGUAGGCAGGUACACGCUUUUGCUAGUUUCAGAAAAGAGUAGUGCAUGCUGUGUUGGGGGCUUUAAAUGUUACUUGAUCAUUAUGGGAACUAUGAACUAUAGGCCAAGGGAAAGAUGUUGUCGUGAGUGGCAAAGCCUAGGGGAAGUGUAGUCCUCACUGUCUGAAGAACUGGAAGGGCUUCUUUGGAAUUAGGAUAAAUGCAGAUAGGAAUUUGAGGGCACUGAACCUCUGGUUAGUACAUUCCACCCAUGUCAGGGGCUUUAGGUGCUACCCAGUGAUGUUAAGACCUGUAGACCUGGAAAAGGGGAAUAGCACAUAUUAAUCCUCAGUGAAGUGGUCUGUGCCCUCUCCAUGGCAGGAAUCACACCUGACCAUUAUGGGUGUUGUAGGCUGGGGCACAUGUGCGUGUCAAGACUGAGAUGACAAAGGCCAUGAGAGGUCAGAUACUGCAAGUGACACCUGGGUCAUUGUGGGAGCUGUUAGGUAUAGUCUAGUGGUCAUGAAGAACUCUAUGAUGUAUAUAUUCCAAGUGGGCUCAGGGCUUGAGCUGCUGUCUUCAAGUCCUCUGGAGUUCUGCAGCAUAAGCCUGAAGGGACCACCCUCCACUUCCCCCAGU